AUGAUGUAUGUGGCGACGUGGCGGAUGCAUCAUCGAAUUGAGCAGAGGGAGGGGAAGCUGAUGGUGCAGGGGGGUCAUUAUGUUCCGGAGACUUGGGGGAGGAAGUUCGGAGAGGUUGCAGGAGAGGAUGAGUGGGGGAUGGGUGAACCACAGCACCUACGCCACCACGACGCAAAUCCCAUCCCCCCCACUUUCGAGCCACUAUCCCUUUCGGAACUCCCAUCCGAGUACGCGACCUGGACGCAGCAAUUCGCCCCGACCCCCUUCGCCGCCGCCCUCGCCCGCACCAUCUCGCACGAAAUGCCCCCGCCCCCCACCAUCACCCUCACCCGGUGCCUAUGUCUGGGUAUCGGGAACUUCGCCCAAGGCGCCGUAUACCCCUUCGACGACGAAAGCGACCAGAGACGCUACCGGUCCCCGCACCAGCUCGUCUUCCUGGCAUUCCUGCCGACGGUUCUAGGCGAGAGACACCGGAUCCGCAAGCGCGAGGUGUACUUCCAAGAUCCGGACUUCGGCGCCGUGGAGGUAGAAUUCUUACAGCGACGUCUCGGCUACACCGUCUUGUCCGAUCCGGGCGCGUAUGCCAAGAUGACGCCGUCGACGUUGUUGUUCGCGCCUUGCGUUCCGCACUGGGUGCGGGCGGGGGCGUUGGAGGUGGCGUUGCCGGCGUUGUAUGUGAGUGUUGAUGUCGGGAGGGAUCUUGAGAGGAUGGGGCCGGGGUAUGAGUGUUCGUUGACGAGGGUGCCGUGCCGGGUGGGGAAGGGGAUGUUUGGGAGGAGUGGAUUAAUGUGUGUAGUAUGA